CUGAAAUUUCCACAACGUGCUUGGUGCAAUGGACCCGCUGCUCGCCGAAGCGCUGCGCAAAGGGAACGUCGUCGUGUUCUUCGACAUAGCGUUGGGCGGCGCACCGCUUGGACGUAUCCGCAUGGAACUCUUCAAGAACGACUGCCCGAAGACAGUCGAGAACUUUCGGCAGUUCUGCACAGGCGAGUACCGCAAGAAUGAACUUCCUGUCGGGUACAAGGGCAGCACGUUUCAUCGCGUCAUCCAGGACUUUAUGGUUCAAGGCGGUGACUUUCUCAAGGGCGACGGAACGGGUCGCAUGAGCAUCUACGGCGACAAGUUCGCCGACGAAAACUUUCGCCACAAACACACGGAAGCUGGUCUGGUAUCCAUGGCAAAUAGUGGCCCGGGCACAAACGGGUGCCAAUUCUUCAUCACAUGUGGGGCGUGUGAAUGGCUCGACGGCAAGCACGUCGUGUUCGGCAAGCUUCUCGACAGUGCAUCGCUCCUCGUGAUGCGGAAAAUCGAAAGCGUCCCCACGGGCCAAAACAACAAGCCCCGGACACCCGUCAUUAUCACCGAAUGUGGCGAAUUGUAGGUAAAUAGUCCGUCGAUUCUCUCGAGACGCAUUUCACAUCUCCCCACACGCCAAUCCUACGAUCAAGCGCUGCAUACGCGGCAGAGAUUGAAAGAUAACGAGCCAAAUGUAUUCGCACGAUAUGCCUAUGAUGUGGUCUGUAGAAACCUCCAGCUCUUAGACGGACAUUCAAUGUUCAUACGUUCCACAGUCCAUGUGUACACCGCACACGACGCAGUCACGAUGCGAAAGAUCCUUUCACCGCAUUGCGCUUUCCACGUCAGAGGACACCCCGAGAAUUAUAAGGAGAGCAUGAGCAUGCUUGGGCCACAACUGCAUGUACGGCUUGGUGCUUGGAGUUUGUUUCUAUCCGUUUCCAGCUUGUUUUUCUUGAAAGAAGCAAGGUUUCUCGACGCACUCGCUGGAUCUCGAGGCGAGAAAUAGUUGAAAGGCUAUCGCAAAGGCGAAUCGUUGUGCUCCAUCCCGUCGCGCGUACGCUCCGCCGCCACGAUCGGCGCCGGCAAAAAAGAUCGCGCGCGGUCC